AUGGACUUAAGUGAAAGUGAACUAAUCAGUCGGAUAUCUCAAGCCAAUUCUUUUAGAGUUGAAGGUGACAUAGAAGAAAUCUCAACUUUCAGCAUCUACACGAUUUUGAUGGGAUUAUAUCCGAAUAAUCAAGUUUACAUUAUGAUGGAAAGAUUUUUUGGGAAGUCCCCUUUUGAAUCUGACAGUGAAGAUUCCCAACUGUUAUAUGUAAAAGAAAUUGAAAACUUGCUAAAUCUACCAGGCGGCCCAAUAAAACCAAUUGUCUCCGUGCACAAAAACAAACCUGAUGACAGUUGGGACUUUAUGCUAAUUUUGCCAAGUCAAGGCUUUAUCCCGCCAAAAAUAUAUUAUAGAAAUUCGAAGCACAAGCAUCUCAAACUUCCACCUCUUAUUUCAUUCUUAUUAGAAAACAAGUUGAAGACUAAUGAGAUCGAAGAAAACAAGGAAAGCAUCAGUGGAGGGAUGCUAAAGACUUAUCAAAUUGUUGAAGAACAGGAUUUUCCAAUAAUGAACAGUGUGCAGCAAAAUGAAGGGGGCUGGUGAGCUUUGUUUAGAAUAUUUCUAAUUAUAUCUUCUAAAUGUGAGGAUUAUCUUAAAAGAAUGACAUCAUGGACUCCUACAUUCUAUGCUAUGCAAAAAUAUUUCAAAGAAGCUCAGAUAGAUUUAAAACAAAUUGGUUUACAUUCAGAUUGAUCAGAGAGACAAGCUUGAGUAGAAGACCAAAAAUUGCUUGUACUUCAAGCUUUAAAUGAGAAAAUUUCCAUGUGAGAGGCAAACACAAAUAAAGUGUGUGAUGCCACUAAUACAUUUGCAGAUCGAUUAGAGUUUUGAAAGAGAAUUAUUAAUACCUCAAAAGAUAAUGCCAAUGCAACACCAAAAAAGCCAUUUUCAUAUAACAAUAUAGAUACUUCGAUACAAAAAUCAAACGUUAAAAUAAAGAAAAAUUGAAAAUUCUCUGCUUCAAAAUUUACAUUUAAAAAUCUCAUAAGAGAUGAAAUAGUUUACGUAGAUAAGACGCUAUUUAUAAAAGAAGUCUUAGACGAUACAAGUGACGCUAUUCUGAUUACUAGGCCUAGAAGAUGGGGGAAAAGCAUAAAUAUAGAUAUGCUAAAGACAUUUUUGGGUAAUAAUGGGGACGAAAAAAUAAAUAAACAGAACAAGGCUUUGUUCACAGAGAAAAGAAAAUUAAUUAUCAACGGUUUUUCAAAUAGUUCAGCUUCUCAGAAACUCGCAAUUGCUACAGUAAAUAAUGGGGAUUAUGUUGAAAUGCAUGCUGGGAAAUAUCCUGUAAUUUUUAUCAGCUUUCCGGAAGUGAGUAUGGAAGUUGGUAUAGAUAUUCGUGAAAUAAUACGAAAAAAAUUUGGCGAGGCAAUUCAAUCAGCAUAUGUAGAGCACCGAUAUGUUUUAGAAAAAUUAAUAGAGCGACUAAAAGAUGGGUAUGAUGAAGAUUUAGAGAAAGAUAUAAAAACAUUUAGGAGCUUCUAUAAUGACGAGCCCAAUGCAAAUCUUGAAAAAUCGAUCAAAUUUCUAAGUAGAGUACUUUGUGAAUUUUAUCAUGAACAGGUUUUUAUCUUAAUAGAUGAAUAUGAUCGUCCAUUUAACCAUUUAUUUUCUACAGAGAGCUAUAAUACUGUCGUGAAAUUUAUGAGAGAUUUGCUAAGUCCUGCAAUUAAAGAGACUAAAUAUGCUAAAAAAGUAGUUAUGACUGGUAUUUUGAGAUGCGCAAAAGACGAUCUGUUUUCUGGGAUAAAUAAUGUCUCGCUAAAUAGCGUUACUAAUCAAAGGUAUUCGGAGUGUUUUGGCUUUACAGAGAGUGAAGUUGAUAAAAUUUUGAGAGAAGCCUCCGUUUGAAAUACAGAAGAGGAUUUGGAACUAAAUAAAAGGCAAGUAGCUUCAUGAUAUGACGGCUAUAACAUUGGAGGACACAAAAUUUACAAUCCCUGGUCAAUUAUGAAUUGCCUAUAUUAUUCUCGAGAAGGGGAAGAAGACAUAUAUAGAGCAUAUUGGAUUGAUACAGGUAGCCAGAAUGAGCUUCAGUAUUUGUUUAAAAAUUUCACUUGCGAAGAAGAAUUGUCUGAAUUGCUGAGAACAGGAUACUUAAUUUUAGAAAAUCAAUUACCGAUUAAAAUAAAUAUGGCAGAUGUUUCAAAUGACAAAGGACAAUUUUUUUCACUUCUACUCCAUUCAGGGUACUUGACUCCAUUCCAAGCGCCAAUAGAAAAGAACUAUGGAAGAAAUAUAAUUCGCUCAGAUUCGAGAAAUAGAAAAGGGAUUUAUGUUAUACCUAAUAAAGAAGUGAAGAAAUUCGUUUUUGAUAUUCUCAUAAAAAAUUGGGUUGAAAAUCUAAAUAUUCCCAGUCCUGAACUAUGCAAACUGAUGAAUCUUUUAAACGAAAACCUUGAAAACACUUAUGAAUAUAUUUCGAUUAUCAAAAAUCAAAUUUUAAAUCAUUGGGGCGGUGACAAUCAUAAAGAAGUUGAUUUUCAAAAUCUAAUAGGGUCGCCAAACCUUUAUGCUGGAAUUGCAGGUACAAAUGAGCCGAGGCAUAGAUUAUUAAGCGAGGUCAGAAAUGAGGAAAAUAAAAGAUUAGAUUCUAUGUAUCUUCCUAUAAUCGGAAAAAGCACUUGUGUAGUGAUUCAUGAAUAUAAAAAGUUGUAUAACACAGAACUUCCUCAAGUAAAUAAGACAACUUUUGAAGCUAUUAUGCAAAUCUAUGACAAAGGUUACAUGAAUGCUGCAUUAAGCAUGUAUGAAUUAGAUAAUUACAAUAAUUAUUACAGCCACAUAAUAGUGAGAGCUAUGGUAUUCUACCAAUUGACUGCACAAACAAAGUGGAAUUUAAAUUUUAUCUAUCAUAUUCAUGAAAUAAGAGAUGCGAUAAAAAUCAGAGAUUAUUUAAAGAUGAAUCAAAACGUGCUUGCAACCUGCAAAACAAAAAAAGAAUUAAAAAAUCUACUCAGGCUGAUAGUUGGGCCAGAACAAGAAGAAGAUAUUUCUUAUAUUACUAAAGGCCUUAAAAGAAAACAUUUGACUAACAAGAAGGGAACCAAACUUAAAAAAAGCGAUAAGAAUUAA